CGCCACUCGAGGGCUUCCACCGGAUUUGUGGCCACUCCUGCGUAUCACCUGCCGCCUGCCCAGGUAUAUAAAAGCUCUGCUUCUCGACAUAGCUAGCCAGCUCAGUUCCACGUUCACUCCUUCAACCCUCCUUGACUCAGUCAAUCUUUCGAACAUCAUGAAGGUCUUCGCCGUCUUCACUCUCGCCCUCGCUGCCGUUGCCAGCGCCGCUCCUGCUGCCGACAUCAUCUCUUCUGAGGUCGUCGCCGGCAACCAGCUGGCGGACCAUAUCUCGUGCCCCAUCCUGGACUGCGCGAAGUCCCUCGCGAGCAACGUCAGCUCUUGCGGCAAGGCUGUGGCCUCUCUCGGGCGCAAUGUCAUCGCCGACGCCCAGUGCCUCGCUGCGGCGGUCUCCACGAUCGCCAACGCGCCCGACAGCUGCAAGCAGUGCCUGCGCGAGUUCGGCUUCUGAGCAAUGAAUGCGCCUUCCUCGAAGCUCUUGAGCUUCCAUUGGCGACGUUGAUGAGGCUGAGGCGGCUAAUAUACCCCCGGGGCGCUGUUUAUCUCGUAUUUAUUGGGUUCAAGUUGUGGGCUUGUAUGUUAAUGAUUUACCAUGCAUUCUUAUGCUUGCACUCGA